UGCGCUGGACACGUUGCCAUAGCGCCACGUUGGUUUACCAACAAGCAUGGCGCACAGUCCGUCUCGUGUCUUUGCUGCAGUUUCACCGAGUGCUGGAGAUGUUUACCAAGACGAAAACGAAACGGUGUUUAACAGGGGUCGCAAGCAAACACCUUUACACACUCUAAACAACACAAGAGUGGUUCAGAUGACUGGCUGUGCGGAGUUAUCGUAUCCUCCGGACCGAGCCACCGUCACCAUCAGCGUCAAAAACAGUAAAGAACAUGUAAACGACGUGACCAAUAGCGUUACCCGAAGACUGGAAUACAUACUACAGACCGCGAGACAGCAUGACGUCAAGGAAGAAAGUAUCUCUGUGACAAAGCACUUACAAAGAGAGGAAGAGCUCUUCCACAUGCGAGCUGAGGUGCUUGUGGUGUUUUCAGACUUUGAGAAGAUGCAACAAGCACGCUCAGUUUUGAUUGAAAAACUUGACAAAAGCGUGUGCGUGGGUGACCCCUACUACAGUCACAGCGCUGAAAGUCUCAGUUUGUUGAGACGCAGAGUAUGUUUGGAAGCUGUGGACAAUGCCCGGCUAAAAGCCAGUGAGGCAUGUUGCAUUCUGGGACAAGCUCUGGGACGGCCGCUGCUUGUACGUGAGGAAGAAUCACGAGAGUGGACCAGCGGCCAGCAUGAAGUGACUGACUCUCCUCUAACACUACAUCAGAAGACUGGGGUUACAUUAGUCACUGCCUCUUCGCGUGUAUUUGUGGCCUUUGAAUUGCGACCAAAGGACAGCAACAGGAGGAAAUUUUGAAGUUUCUGUUUAGCAAUAAUAAUAGUACAUGUUAUUUCAUUUAUUUGCUGUUAUAACCUGUAAACACAUAGUCUUGUGAAGUGAGCACAAUAGAUGACCUCAGAUACUCACAAAAGGAGCUAGAAAUAAAGAUACCACUUGUUUCUA